GGUCUAUGUGAGCCCCUUUGGAGCCACGCCUGCCUGAGGUUGUGCUAGGAUGCCCAGACUCAGGGCUUGUAAGCAGCGUGACAAGCUGGGGUGGAGGGUGGACUCCGAGUCUUCAGCCUGGGUUUCUAGGAACGGUCUCUGUGGAGACUAGUCUGCUGUCUUUCCCAAUGACCUUGCCAGAUGCAAAGCACAAUGACUGUAACUUAGUAGUAGAGGAAGUGGCUGCCCAGAGAGAGGAGCAAGAAGUGAGGGUAAAGUGGCCAUGGUGGGGAGAAACCCGGCUCAGAGCUCGGAGAAGGGGAGGGUGGAAGUCGCACCAAUAUCUCUCUCCACUUUGAUCCUGCGCGACCCUCGGCCAGUGUAAGAUCUCCAAGCCGCUGAUGGAGAAAAAGCGACGGGCACGCAUCAACGUGUCACUGGAGCAGCUGAAGUCGCUGCUGGAGAAACACUACUCGCACCAGAUCCGGAAGCGCAAGUUGGAGAAGGCCGACAUCCUGGAGUUGAGCGUGAAGUACAUGAGAAGCCUUCAGAACUCCUUGCAAGGGCUCUGGCCUGUGCCCAGCGGAGCCGAGCACCCGUCGGGCUUCCGCAGCUGCCUGCCCGGCGUGAGCCAGCUCCUUCGGCGCGGAGAUGAGGUCGGCGGCGGCCUGCUCUGCCCCCUGGUGCCGGAGCGGGCCGCCGGCAGCACCAUGGACAGCGCCGGGCUGGUGCAGGAGGCGCCCGCGCCGUACGGCCCCUGCACCCCCGCCGUCUGGGCUCCUGCUCCGGCCGCCGGCGGCCCGCGGUCCCCACCACCCCCGCUCCUCCUCCCCGGAGGUCUCCCCGGCUCGUCCGCCAGCGUUCCCCCGCCGCAGCCAGCGUCGAGUUGCUGCGCCGAGAGCCCUGGGCUGGGCCUGCGCGUGUGGCGGCCCUGGUGAAGCCCCGGGGAUGGCCUGAACUGA